UUCGCCAUAAAUGGUCCAAUCCCGAUAUAAAGAAAAAAAUCCGGGGUUUGAGGAGAGUAUAUUAAUUAUCGUUAAAUAGAUUAGAUAACUCUUUUACAUAACAUUCAUUCGUUCAAUUAGCAACAAUGACAACCGUUAUAGUUGCUGCCUUACAGAUAGGGGCUGAUCCAAGAGGUACCAAAUACACCCUUGAAAAGAUCUUAUCAUAUGAAGAAGAACUUAAAUUGAAACAAGUUAAACUAGUAGUUAUCCCUGAAGCUACAUUAGGUGGAUAUCCUAAAGGUUCAACUUUUGGUACUUAUCUUGGGUAUAGAUUACCUGAAGGAAGACAACAAUUUGCCAAAUAUUAUAAAGAAUCAAUUGAACUUGAUGACAAUUCACCAGAGCUUUCUGCAUUGGUUGGACUCAGUUCAAGAACAGAUUGUUCAAUAGUUAUUGGUGUUAUUGAAAGGGGUGGUUCCACUUUAUAUUGUACUAUCGUUUAUAUUGAUCCGAAUUUGGGAUUUAUAGGUAAACAUAGGAAAUUGAUGCCCACGGCUACUGAAAGAUUAAUUUGGGGCCAAGGUGAUGGAUCAACUCUUUAUGUAGCAGAUUUCAAAAGUUUAGGAAAAGUUGGAGGUGCUAUUUGUUGGGAAAAUUAUAUGCCAUUGUUAAGAGCUUCAUUUUAUGCAAAGGGAAUUCAAAUCUAUGUGGCACCAACUGUGGAUGAUAGAGAUGGUUGGACGUCAUUAAUUAGAACUAUUGGUAAUGAAGGAAGACUCUUUGCUAUAUCUGCCGUACAAUUCUUAGCCAAAGCGGAAGAGAUUGGAUUUGACGUUCCAGGAUAUGAUCCGAAUAAGAAUAUUAUUGAUGGAGGAUCAGUUAUUGUUAAUCCAUAUGGUGAAAUUAUUGCUGGUCCAUUAAGAGGAUCCGAAGGGUUAUUAUCGGCAGAAAUUGAUUUGAAUACCAUUAUUGAAGCGAGGUAUGACUUUGAUCCCGUCGGACAUUAUCUGAGAAACGAUGUAUUUCAACUUACCGUUGAUGAAACUGCCAAAUCGUCAGUGGUAUUCAAAAAAUAGAUGGUAUAUAAUUAGUAUUAUGGGGUUUGAUAAAGUUCCCCGAAGUUUCGGUACAUUGCCGUAUAACUCGGGAUUGUAAAUUAUUUUUAUCUCCAUUUAAUUUAGCAGCAAAAUUUGUCCUUAAG